UUAUCAACAGGAAGCAAUAGUCAGGGACUCAUUAUCAAAACUUAAGAGAAACAAUUAUUUGAAGAACCAAUAUGACUUACACAAGAAGGUUUUAUUAUCAGAUAAUUUUAACAUGCAUUUUCACUGGAUUAUUAUGGUGUGCUGAGUUAGAAAAAGGGUGCAAAAGAUCUGUUGCACUUAAAACAAAUGAAUUCUCACAAAUAGAGUGUACACAUCUACCAAAGAUGGAUUUGCCACCAGAUGUAAAAUCACUAAUUGUACAAGGGGAUCUCAGAGUAAUAGAGAAAGAAGCACUAGAAAUAAGUUUUAUGUUACACAUAUUAAAUGUUUCUAAUUGCAACCUAACUUUUAUACAAGAUAGAGCAUUUAGUAAGAUGAAUCAGUUAAUGAUUCUAAUACUAACUAACAACCAUAUUGAGUACAUUGAAGAGGACACAUUGAGGUAAAUCAAUAAAUUAUAUUUAAUUAAAGAUAUUAAUUUUGCAUCAUUAGGCUGUAUUCAAUACAUUAUAAGCUCAGAUAUUGUAAUAAUGUCUCACAAAUUAUUAAUAUUUUCUAGUAAUCUUAAACUAUUAACAGAACUACAUAUAGAUGGAAAUAAUCUUAAAGUAAUAAUACCUGGAUCUUUAAAAGACACUCUAAAUCUUCAGAUUUUAAAUCUACAAAAUAAUCAACUAUUGGAAAUACCAGCAGAGCUGCCAAAAAAUCUUAGAAUUUUAAAUGUGGAAAAUAAUGAUAUACAAUAUAUUGAUAUGGAAAGCCUAAAUAGCAUGGAAUUUUUGGAAGAAUUAAAGUUAGGUAAUAAUUCAAUUAAAAACUGGCCUAAACAUAAUUUGUCUAUGCCUUCAUUAAGACAUCUUUCUUUGGGAUCAUCAGUUACAUCAGCAGAAAUUACAGGAUUUUCAUACCCGAACUUGAAAUAUCUCUACCUUUCAGCAAAAUUAAUGGACAAUGCCAAUUUUCACGGAAUUACUAUUCAUGAGGUUGACAGUUUGGAACAAUUAGUUUUGGAAAACUACAGCAUAAAUGAUCUUCAGUUUCUAAACCAAUUGAAAAACUUGAAAAUACUCCAUUUCAUAAGAAUUACAUAUUAUGGGAAAGAUGUAACUUCAUUGCCAUCACAUUUAAUUAAACUUAAUUUAGAAACAAGUCCUAAAAUAGUUAACAUGCUACUGAAUUCCAAAAAAAUGUUCCAUCAACUAAGGGUGAUAAGCCUGAAAAACAGUAAUAUUACUACCGUGGACAACAAUCAAGCUGAUCGGUUAAUGAAAACAGUAAAUAGUUUGGAUAUUAGUCAGAACCCUAUAAGAUGCUCAAUAUCAGAAUGGAGCUGGCUUAUAGAAAAAACUCACAUAAAUAAAUCAUUUUUAAUUGAUAAAGAUAAUGUUGUAUGCAAUACACCAUUGGAACUAAAAGGAAAAAAUCUCCUCACAAUACUAAAUGACUUCUAUAGUAGUGAAGAGCAAAGAAAGAUAACUUUUAUGAGUAUUAUGGAAGAGUAUGUAGCUGUAUAUGGGAAAGAAAAGAGAAACAUUCUAGAAGAUAUUGACAUGAAUGAACAACAAAAUGGAUCAAAAAGUAAUAUUGUUUACGGAAUUUUAAUAGCCUUGACUUUGAUGGGUACACUUUUUCUUUUAAUUCAUUUAUUUCAUAAAAAAACAAAUUGUACAUCAGGGCAUGGUAAUAUCACUAUAGAAUAUUCUCGAAACAAUGAACGAAUUAACAUUCGAAGAAGUAGUAAUUGCGAAAGUUAAAUGAUUAAAUUUUUAUUAGUACAACUGGCAGUAAUUGAUAACUUACGUUUAGAAGCAGUUGUGUUGGUGCCAAAACCAAAAGAGGAAGCAGUAGUUGUAGAAGUACCAAAAGUAGGAGUAGUACCAAAAUUAAAAGCCAUAUUUAAAUUAUUACCAUUGGUCCAGUAUAUAAAUAUUAGAAAGAAUCCUACAAAACAAACAUUUCAGAACCCGGGAAGGACCACAAUUUCUUGGGUAACCACAUGAAGGUUACGUAGAUGGAGUUAAAUGGUGGGGUAAGUUCCUAAACUCAGCGCUGAGCUGAUCGAUGGCAACGGACCGUCUCAAAAUCCUAAGCGAUGGCAUCGAUGAGGCUCGAGCUGAGUUUAAGAACUGGCCCUUGCAUUAAUUUCUAAUUUUUUAAUUUCAUUUUUUCAGAAACUUAUAAGUGGUUAUUUUCGUAAAUAUAUUGCAGUUAUGAUUAGUGUGAUUCAUUAUAUAAACUUUUUCCAGGCCUCAUUCAAUAUUAAUUGAGGUAUACUAAUUGAUUGGUUUAACUUAAUAUAUAUUAGUUAUUUAAAGGAAUUAUUAUAAAUGUGAAAUAAAUUUAUUAGUUGAUAAUGAGCUAUUUUUAAUAUUCCCCACUAUUUCUUUAGUUGGCUUAACUUGAGGAAAAAGACAGUAAAAUGAACCAACUCUUAAGAGUAAACUAAAAAGUCAUGAAUUUUAUUUCCAAUAUUUGCACUAAUUUUGAAAAUAAAAUUUUCAAACCAAG